CCUAUACGCAUUCUUAAAAGUUAAAACCCGAAACCCUAACUUUUGAGCUCUCUCUCUCUCUCUCCGCUUUGUCUUAGGUUCUGCCGUUUCCCCUUUCUCUCUUUAUUCCUCAAACCUCUCCCUUACAAGCCAUCCCCAUUCGCUCAUUCGCUCAGUUUAAAGCUUUAUCUCAGCUUGCUUUGCUCGCUCUUCGCCGAUUUCGGCGUAUUUUCAGUAAGUAGGGGCAGAUUGGUCAUAUCGGCAUAACAUAUUUUGGCUAGAGGGGUUUGGAUCUGCAAUGAUAAAUGAUAAAAACGUGGGCGUGGGCGUGGGCGAAGCCGAAGCUAAUUUUGGUUUGGGGAAGAGAAGGCAUUCGAUUUCGAAGGAGAUUAACGAUGGAAACCCAGGCUCAGAAGAAGAUUUAUUUACAUUAUAACCACACCGAUCCUUGCAGAUUCGCCAGGUGGAAUGCCAGGGAAAGCUAUGAAUUCAUGGAAGCAAGGCCUUGGCAAGAAGUGAAUGACUUUUAUUCAAAUGCAGUGAAUGGGCAGUCAUCACUGUCCGCUUUGUUUGGGAUUCAGAAUUUUCUCCAGACACAUCAUGUUCACAAUAAUGCUGAAAUUCCAGAGGUUUCUGAUAAAACUGAAUUGGAGAGUGUUUCUGCUAAAGAUAGGACCGGGAGAUGGGCAAGAUCAACAUUCAAAAUUGUUCUUUCAUAUCAUGGGGGUUCCUUUGAUGGGUGGCAAAAGCAGCCUGGCUUAAACACAGUCCAGGGCCUAAUUGAAAUAUCUCUUGGGAAAUUUGUUGAUGAGAAUAAAGUUAAACUGCUGAAAGACAAAGGUUUACCACUGGAAGGCUGUGUUGUUGUUGCUGGGCGCACAGACAAAGGGGUCACAGCUCUUCAACAAAAUUGUGCUUUUUCUACUUGGAGAAGGGAUAUAAAACCUUGGGAUAUAGGGGAGGCCAUCAACAGUGCAGUGCCAGGAAAACUUAGGGUCAUAUCUGUUUCUGAGGUAUCACGUGUAUUCCAUCCUAAUUUCUCUGCCAAAUGGAGGCGCUAUCUUUAUAUUUUUCCAUUGAAUGAUUGGGAGGAUGGGGAGCAAAGUAGUGAGAGUGGGGAGGAUCUUGAACAUUUUAGAUGUAGUGAAAAUGAGGAUGACCAGAAAAUUGGACGUGUUGAAUGCAAUGGGGAGACUGUUGAAAACCAAAUUAUCAAUGAUGGGGAAGAGCUUGAAAGUGGAAAGAAACCAUGUAACUUCCGUAUAAGCAGGGUUAACCAACUUUUACAGCAGCUAGAAGGAAAAUUAUUAUCUUACAAGAUGUUUGCUCGUGAUACCAAAGCCUCGAGAAGUGUAGAGGAUCUGUCCUUGAGUGCUCUAACUGCAGCUGUUUCUAUUUCAGUGGUCCUCCUACGGAGUGUUUUGUCUACCAUGCUCGAGCCACAGAAACCCGACUGCCAUCCUCUGAUCAUGGGGAAGGAAGAAAGGUUAUGUGUGUUGAGCUGGUGGCUAAUCGCUUCUUACGCAAGAUGGUCAGAGUGCUUUUGGCAACCUCCGUAAGGGAAGCAGCAGCAGGUGCAGAAGAAGAUGCAUUGCUAAAGCUAAUGGAUGCCACGUGUAGACGGGCUACUGCUCCCCCAGCACCUGCUGACGGCCUAUGUCUUGUUGAUGUAGGAUAUGAAGAAUUUGAUUCGCAAAUCUGCCUCAUUCCAAAAAACUAAAUUUAUUCUCAUAACCACACAGAUCAAGCCUCCAAUCUAGAUUGUUAGUAUCAUGCAUACAGGUGUUGGGGAGGGGCCUUCAUGACUAUAGAUGGUUCCUGCCCUGAAUUACUUAGGUAGAAACUGCAGCUGUUUAAAUGGUCAUAAAUAUUCCAUCAAUCGUGUUGUUUUGUUUUUGUUUUGGUAAGACCUACAUUUAUACAUUUAUAGAGUUUUGUUCUCACUUUUAGCUUAUUAAGCUUUUGUUUCCCGUGGUUGAA